AAACCAAACCAAUCCAUCACAUUCACAGUAGCAUCAGUUUCAAUCAUCGAGUUGCUUGAGGGAGAGAAAUGGGGGAGGUAGCCGCCGAAGAAGAAAGAAAGCAGAGCUUGAUUUUCGCUAUUAAUGGAGAAAGGUACGAGUUAUCUGAGUCCGAUAUAGAUCCUUCCAUUACUUUGCUCGAGUUCUUGCGAUACCGCACUCCCUUCAAGAGUGUCAAGCUCGGCUGCGGUGAAGGAGGCUGUGGUGCCUGCAUUGUCCUACUGUCCAAGUAUGAUCCAGUGCUUGACCGGGUCGAGGAUUCGACCGUCAGUUCAUGCCUCACGUUAGUUUGCAGUUUGAAUGGAUGCUCAAUUACGACAGCUGAGGGAGUUGGGAAUAGCAAGGAUGGCUUCCACCCUAUUCAAGAACGAUUCGUUGGAUUCCAUGCUUCUCAAUGUGGCUUUUGUACUCCUGGAAUGUGUGUUUCUAUGUUUUCAGCACUUGUAAAUGCUGAAAAGCGUAAUAGGUCCAAACCCCGUCCUGGAUUUUCCAAUCUAACAGUUUCCGAAGCUGAAAAGGCCAUUGCAGGCAAUCUUUGUCGCUGUACCGGUUAUCGUCCGAUUGCCGACGCUUGUAAAAGUUUUGCUGCUGAUGUUGAUAUGGAAGACUUGGGAUAUAAUUCCUUUUGGAAAAAAGGAGAAAGUGAUGAAGAAAAGAUGAGUAGAUUACCUAAAUACAAUCGCAAUUCUUCGAGUCCUAAGUUUCCCGAGUUCCUCAAGAAGGAAAUCAAGGCAGGUGCUGAUCUGACUUCUAAAGGAUAUCAUUGGUAUAGUCCUUCAAGCAUCGAGAAACUUCAAAGCAUAUUGAAAAAUAUUGAGGCAAACGAUGGAACCUCAAUGAAGAUUGUUGUUGGUAACACAGGAACGGGAUAUUACAAGGAAGUAGAACACUAUGACAAUUAUAUAGAUUUAAAGUAUAUUCCCGAACUCUCAACCAUUGUGAAAGACCAGACUGGGAUUGAAAUAGGAGCAGCUGUGACUAUUUCGAAGGCCAUCGAAGUGCUUGAGCAAGAAAAUGUGAGUGAUUCUCCCGUAGAAAAUAAAACUGUGUUUAAGAAAAUUGCUGAACAUAUGGAGAAGAUAGCAUCAGGGUUCGUAAGGAAUUCAGGUAGUGUGGGAGGAAACUUGAUGAUGGUACAAAGGAAACAAUUUCCAUCAGAUAUUGCUACCAUACUACUUCCUGUGGAUGCAAUAGUGAAUCUAAUGGUCGGUCAGAAACUUGAAAAGCUUACACUUGAAGAUUUCCUUGGAAGGCCUCCUUUGGAUUCCAGAGCCAUUCUGUUAAGCAUUAAAAUUCCGGUCUGGGAGUUAACAAAGGAUAUUUCAUCUGAAACUGAUACUAUGUUCCUAUUCGAAACUUAUCGUGCUGCAGCACGUCCUCUUGGAAAUGCACUGCCCUAUUUGAAUGCUGCUUUCUUGGCUAAGGUUUCAUUUUGUAGAAAUUCUACUGGUGCCAUCCUAAAUACCUGUCGGUUAUCUUUCGGUGCUUUUGCGUCGAAGCAUCCUGUUAGAGCGAGGAACGUCGAGGAAUUUCUGAUCGGAAAGGUUCUAAGCGUUGGUCUCAUGUAUGAGGCUGUUAAAUUACUUGAGACCACAGUAAUACCAAAAGAUGGCAUCUCUCAUUCUGCUUACAAGUCAAGUUUGGCUGUUGGCUUUCUCUUUGAGUUCCUGAGCCCCUUAAUUAACGCCCCUGAUCAAAUUUCAGGUGGUUUGUGCGACGGAGAUAAUUGUUAUAUGUUAAAGGACAGUUCCAAAAUAAAAGAGAACAAUUACAAGUUAAAUGGAACCAAAUUUCCAACGUUGUUGUCUUCUUCAAAACAGAACAUUCAGUCCAGUGACGAAUACCGUCCAGUUGGGCAGCCAGUUACCAAAGUCGGAGCUACCAUUCAAGCUUCUGGUGAGGCCGUUUUCGUGGAUGACAUUCCAGCUCCGGGAAAUUGCCUGUAUGGAGCAUUUGUUUAUAGCACAGAGCCACUAGCUCGGGUGAAAAGCAUAACAUUUAAGUCCGAGUCACCACCGGUCGGAAUCACUGCACUCAUUUGUGUCAAAGACAUUCCAGGGAAGAAUUUAGGUUGUACAUCCGUAUUUGGUGAAGAACCGCUGUAUGCAGACGAGUUUGCUCAAUUUGCAGGAGAUCGGAUUGCCUUUGUGGUUGCAGAUACACAGAAACAUGCAGACUUGGCAGCAAACCUUGCAGUGAUUGAUUAUGACAAGGAGAAUAUAAGCCCACCAAUUCUAACCGUCGAAGAGGCUGUUGAGAGAGGCAGCUUUUUUCAGGUCCCUUUCGCUAAGCCUGAACAGGUUGGUGAUUUUUCUGAAGGAAUGGCUGAAGCCGACCGCCAAAUUCUCUCCGCCGAGAUCAAACUUGGGUCACAAUACUAUUUCUAUAUGGAGACACAAACUGCUCUUGCUGUGCCGGAUGAAGAUAACAGCAUGGUGGUGUACACUUCCACUCAAUGCCCUCAAAUUGCACAGGAAACAAUUGCUCAAUGUCUCGGUCUUCCAGCGAAUAACAUUCGUGUGAUUACAAGAAGACUUGGAGGAGGUUUCGGUGGAAAGUCCUUAAGAGCAGUCUCUGUUGCUACAGCCUGUGCAGUUGCAGCUUACAAAUUACAACGUCCAGUUCGGGUGUAUGUGAAUCGCAAGACUGAUAUGAUAAUGGCAGGAGGGAGGCAUCCGAUGAAAAUAACAUACAGUGUAGGAUUCAAAGAUAGUGGGAAGAUUACAGCCCUUAAACUCGAUAUAUUAAUUGAUGCGGGGAUAUUUCCAGAUGUGAGUAUAGUUAUGCCUGGUGCCAUAGUUGGGUCUCUUAAAAAAUAUGACUGGGGUGCUUUGAGUUUUGAUAUAAAACUCUGCAAAACAAAUCUACCUAGCAGAUCUGCGAUGAGGGGCCCUGGGGAGGUUCAGGCAGCUUUCAUUGCCGAAGCCAUAAUUGAACAUGUAGCAUCCACGCUUUCCAUUGAAGUUGACACCGUCCGAAGUAUCAAUCUCCAUACAUAUAACAGCCUCGGAUUAUUUUACAAGAGUGCUGCAGGUGAACCAUCGGAGUAUACUUUACCUGCAGUAUGGGAUAAGUUGGCCACGUCUUCAAGCUUUCACCAGAGGAUUGAAAUGAUAGAGGAAUUCAACAGGAGUAAUAAAUGGAGGAAACGCGGGAUUUCACGUGUGCCGGUCCUACAAGAAGUGACUGUGAGGCCAACCCCUGCGAAAGUAAGCAUCUUAAGAGAUGGAUCCAUUGCUGUUGAAGUUGGAGGGGUUGAUAUGGGUCAGGGUCUAUGGACCAAAGUGAAACAAGUGGCUGCAUAUGGUCUUGGUUUAAUCAAACGUGGUGGCACCGAAGAGCUGUUGGAGAAAGUAAGAGUCAUUCAAUCUGAUACUUUGAGUUUGAUUCAAGGGGGUUUCACUGGUGGCAGCACAACAUCUGAAUCGAGCUGUGAAGCAGUUAGACUUUGUUGCAACGUCUUGGUUGAGAGACUUACUGCUCUCAAGGAACAGUUGAUGGAACAAACGGGAACUCUUGAAUGGGAAACAUUGAUUCUUCAGGCAUAUCAAACUUCUGUGAACUUAUCUGCAAGUACACUUUUUAUACCUGAGUUUACUUCAAUGCAGUACCUAAAUUAUGGUGCUGCAGUGAGUGAGGUGGAAGUAAACCUUCUAACCGGGGAAACCACAAUUUUACGCUCAGAUAUCAUUUAUGACUGCGGCCAAAGUUUGAAUCCUGCUGUGGAUUUAGGACAGAUCGAAGGAGCUUAUGUUCAAGGAAUUGGAUUCUUUAUGUUUGAAGAAUACCCCACAAGCUCGAAUGGAUUAGUGACAACAAAUGGAACAUGGAGUUAUAAAGUCCCUACACUGGACACCAUUCCCAAACAAUUCAACGUCGAAAUCCUCAACAGCGGACAUCAUCAGAAACGUGUGCUUUCUUCAAAAGCAUCCGGUGAGCCGCCAUUAACGCUGGCGGUUUCAGUUCACUGUGCUACAAGGGCUGCCAUAGCUGAAGCCAGGCGGCAACUUGGUUUAUGGAAUAGAGUAGACGACUCUAAUUCAAGAGCAUUCCAAUUGGAGGUUCCAGCAGUGAUGCCGGUUGUGAAAGAGCGGUGCGGGUUUGACAGCGUCCAGAAGUUCUUGCAAUGGACAAUGGGCACAAAGUGACGCAAUUCUACUGCCUGUUUGCUUCAGUUUUAGCUUCGGCGUGUGUA